CUUUGUCUUGUCACCCACUAGAGCUGUCGUCACGGAGGCCAGCCACCGUGGGACAAUGAAGGCUGCAGCUUCAAGGUAAGAGCCAUGGCCCUCACUCCUGGUGGUUCCCCGAAGUCGCAGGAGGAGCAGCCGCCACUGCCACCACUGCCCGAGGACAGGCGGCAGGAGAGGCUAGUGGAGCUCCACACCUCCUUCAGGGAGCUCUUCACCUUCUUCUGCACCAAUGCCACCAUCCAUGGCACCAUCCGCCUCGUCUGCUCCAGCCACAACCGCCUCAAGACGGCAUCCUGGGGGCUGCUGUUUGUGGGUGCCCUGGCUGCACUCUAUUGGCAGUUUGGGCUCCUCUUUGAGCAGUACUGGCGCUACCCAGUCAUCAUGACGGUGUCCGUGCACUCGGAGCGAAAGCUCUUCCCGUCCGUCACUCUGUGCGACAUGAACCCCCACAGGCCGAGGUCAGCCUGCCACCAUCUGCAGGUACUAGAUGAGUUUGCCCGGGAGAAUAUCCACUCUCUCUACAAAUUUAACUUCAGCGAGGACAGGGAUGUCCUCUGUGCUGGUGACCAGGUCCCACUGCCGGCCUUCUACUUGGACCGCACGAUCCGCCUGCAAAGGCUGAGCCAACCAGGUGAUCAGAACAAAGUGGGUUUCAGACUGUGUAACAGCACAGGUGGAGACUGCUUCUACCGGGCUCACUCAUCAGGUGUGACAGCCGCCAGAGAAUGGUACCACUUCCACUAUGUGAACAUCUUGGCCCUGCUGCCCACUGCCCGUGAGGACAGCCACCGAAGCCACAGAGGCCACUUUAUCUUCUCCUGCCAAUUUGAUGGCCAGGACUGCCAGGCCCGGCACUUCCAGACCAUCCACCACCCCACCUACGGCAGCUGUUACACCUUCAAUGGCAUCUCGGCCACGCAGCACCCGGGCAUCACCCAUGGGAUCAGCCUGGUCCUAAGAGCUGAGCAGCAGGACCAGGUCCCUCUGCUGUCCACGGAGGCCAGCAUCAAGGUCAUGAUUCACGGGCGUGACCACACGCCCUUCCUGGAGCACCAGGGCUUCAGCGUCCGGCCAGGGACCGAGACCACCAUUGGCAUCCGAGAGGAUGAGGUGCACCGGUUGGGGAGCCCCUACAGCCACUGCACCAGGGAUGCUGAGGGCGUGGAUGUGCAACUACUCUACAAUGCCUCAUAUACCCUGCAAACCUGCCUGGUGUCCUGCUUCCAGCAGCUGAUGGUGGAGACCUGCUCCUGCGGCUACUAUUUCUACCCCCUGCCGUCAGGGGCCGAGUACUGCAGUUACACCAGGCACCCCGGCUGGGGUCACUGCUUCUACCGCCUCUACGGGGACCUGGGGACCCACCGGCUGGCCUGUGCCUCACGCUGCCCCAGGCCCUGCAGGGAGUCUUCCUACAAGCUCUCCGCUGGGACCUCCAGGUGGCCUUCCUCAAAGUCAGCUGACUGGAUCCUGUCCGCACUAGGCAAGCGGGACCCCAGGAGCCUGAGCCAGAACCCAGGCCUCAGGAGCCAUGUGGCCAAGGUGAACAUCUUCUACCAGGAGCUCAACUACCGGACAGUGGAUGAGACACCCAUUUACUCGGUGCCUCAGCUGCUUUCAGCCAUGGGCAGCCUCUGGAGCCUGUGGUUUGGUUCAUCUGUUCUCUCUGUCCUGGAGCUGCUGGAGCUGCUGCUUGAUGCCAUAGCCCUCGCGCUGCUACUAGGCUGUCGCUGGCUCCGCAGAGUGCGGGCGCCUUCACCAGGAGCAGCCACAGGAGCAUCCCGGGGUACACCAGAAGCCAACAAGUUGCCCACGGAUUGCAGGAAUGACAUUAAUCCUCGGGGGGGGGGGGAGCCUGCCAGCCUCAUGCCCCAAACGCUCCCGGGAGUCCUGGCAGGAGUCCUUGCUGAAGAGUUAGGCCAAGUGAGAGCCCCAGCCUCCCCACACCUGAACCUGCUGGAACUUGUCCUGAUCCUGAAGGCUCUCCUGGCUGCCCAGGGUGAACCAGACCAGCCCCACAGAGCUGCCCCCAGCCAGCUAAGCCAAACCCAGGGCCCAGGAAGCAGCACCGGGAUCUGCAGGCAGGCAGCAGGCGGGUAAGCACUCUCAUCAGCCCAGCCACCCUGCCCAGUGGUGGUGGCCUCACUCAGGGAUGCCCAGAGCAGUGUCUCUGCUGCUCUGGAUUCCCGUGUCUAGUCUGUGCAUUGCUGUGAGUGUGUGCAUUGUAAGAGGGAGGGGGCUGGGCAGCCCAGGUGGCUCAGCGGUUUAGCGCCAACUUCAGCCCAGGGUGUGAUCCUGGAGGCCCUGGAUCGAGUCCCACGCCGGGCUCCCUGCGUGGAGCCUGCUUCUCCCUCUGCCUGUGUCUCUGCCUCUCUCUCUGUGUCUCUCAUGAAUAAAUAAAUAAAUAAAUAAAUAAAUAAAUAAAUA